AUGACAAUGACUGGGCGAACGCUCCCUUGCGCCGACAAAGUCAACGACGCCUCGCUGACCCGCUCCAGAUUGCUCGGUGCUGGCUUCAGCAAGUGGUCAGGAAGCGUCCGAGCUGAGACCAGCCGGCGCACCGGCCACACCCUGCUUGCCUGGCACCUGGCCGGCCGGGCCAUCCAGUCCGUCAAAGAAAAGAGGGAAGCGGUCCCUUUGUCGCUCGACAGCGGCGACAACCUCGGAGCGCCCACCUCGGGCAGUGCAUUGAAUGAGGCUUCACACCGCUCUCGACUCGGUGGUGGUGCUGGUGCUGGUGGUGAUGUUGCAAGGCAUCAAUAUGGGCAUCAACACCAGCGUAUCAAGCCCCUGUGCAAGGCUGCCAUAUUUCUAGUUCUCUUCUUCUCUCCCCCGUUUGUGCGUCCGUCGCAGGCAGCGGCCCUGGCCGAAACGAAACGGCGCCCUUCUAGACCGUGUAAUUUGGCGCGGGCGAGGGUUGGUGGUGGUGGUGGUGGUGGUGCACUGGUGCUGGUGCUGGUGGUAGGUUGCCGGUGCGAAAUCUAA